CCGUGAUUACAGACUGAAGGUUCUAGCUAGCUGUACACACAGUCAGCAUAGAUGCAUUCAAAAACUGCCUCACAGUAAAUUGAUAUAUCUACAAAUUCUGCUGAGAUGUUGUGGUUCGAGGGUUCAAUACCAGCAGCUAUUGCCGCUGCCAAACAACAAAAUGCAGUAUUCGUCGUCGUUAUAACAGGUGACGAUGAACUAUCCGCACAGAUGAUGUCAAGCUGGGAGGAUGAGCAAGUCACCGAGGCAUCCAACAACUCAUUUGUAGCCAUUAAAGUAGACGCCAAAAGUGAGACAUGUGUCCAGUUUUCUCAAAUAUAUCCUGUGGUAUGCGUCCCGUCUAGUUUCUUCAUUGGAGAGAAUGGGAUUCCCCUGGAGGUUGUAGCUGGCAGUGUGUCUGCAGAAGAACUCAUAAAGAGAAUACACAAAGUCAAACAGAUGCACUUUCAGCAGGUAGUCCAUCAAGACGACAACAACGCGGCCGAGAUGGAAAUGCAGGCAGAACUGUCCCCCCAGACCAGCAUGGCUCCAGAGGCAGCCACCCAGCACACACCAGCCCCUCCUGACCCCGAGCCGCCUGCCUGCCCCAUGGAGAGCUUGGACGAGCCAGCCCCCACCGGCACGUCAAAAGAAUGCCUGUCGAGACCAGCUGAGGAGGACGGCGCCUCGGGCCCUCAGACGCCAGGCGACGACAUGAGCCUGUCCUCGGACGACGUGUCUCUCGCAUCACAGUCCGAGGAAGGGCUGGACGCCAGGGUGGAGAGGUUGUCCAAGAAACUGGAGGAGAAGAGGGAGCAGAAAAAGAAAGGGGAGGAGGAGAAUGAGAUUAAGAAGGAGAUGGAGCGACGGAAGCUGGGGAAGGACAUGCUGGAUUACAAACGCAAGCAGGAGGAUGAGCGAACCAAACAGAUGCUGAAGGAGAGGAAUCGGGAGAAGGCUGAGGAGAAGGCAGCGCGCGAUCGAGUCAAACAGCAGAUAGCACUGGAUCGUGCUGACCGUGCUGCCCGCUACGCAAAGAACCACGAGGAGGUUGAGGCGGCGAGGCUCGCAGCCUUACAGGCCCGGCAGGCUGAGCAGGAGGCCAAGAAGGAGUCCUCAGCGCGGGAGAGGAGUGCCAUUGCGAGGAUACAGUUCCGCCUGCCAGACGGUUCCUUCUUCACCAACCAGUUCCCCUCAGAGACCCGGCUGCAGGAGGCCCGGCAGUUUGCCGCACAGGAGGUUGGUAACAGGUACGGUAACUUCUCCCUGGCUACCAUGUUCCCCAGGAGGGAAUUUACGGGAGAUGAUCUGGAGAAAACCCUGCUGGAACUUGAGCUAGCCCCAAGCGCCUCAAUUGUCUUGCUGCCUCAGUCGGGCAGGUCGGCCAACUCGGUGGUGCAGUCGUCGAGUGGGGGCAUCUGGGCGCUGCUUGGCACCAUCCUCUACCCGCUGCUGGCUGUGUGGAGGUUCCUGAGCGGCUUCCUCUUCUGCAGUCCCCCGCCUGCCUCGGGAGGAGCGGCGGCCGCCGGCCAGGCCCCCCCACAACGCAACGCCACACCCUCCAGUGGAGGUGCCGCCGCCGAGCCAAAGAGGGAGACGAUUCGCAAAAGGGUCCUGGAGAAACGGCCGGAGGACUUCAAAAAAGAUGGCAAAAUCUACCGGCUACGGACCCAAGAGGACAGCGAGGACGAGAACAACACCUGGAAUGGCAACUCCACCCAGCAGAUGUAGAGCGAAAAGCAACAAGUCCUUUCCAUACCUCUCCUCGCUUUCUUUCAGUUCUCUCUCUCUCUGAUCCGGUUGCAAUCUUUUGAAUGUGUAUGUGUGUAUGUAUGUAAGUAUGUAUGUAAGUGCGCGUGUUAGUCCAAAUGGUGGGUUACGCUGAGUUUUAGGCCUUUGCUUUUUUUUUUAUGGAAUAGGGGGUUAUAGUGGUGUCACGCCCCCCUCUUGUGUCCAUAAAUGUUUCCUCAGCUAAUCCCUCUGCAUGGGUAUAAAUUAUAAUCCAGUUAAUGCCAUCAUCUUGACCGAGUACCCCUUGUGAGCAAUCUACUGGACAACUUCUCCUGUAGGCAAUGACAAUGGUGUCUUUUUCUCUUAACCUGGAUUAAAUGUAAAAAAAAAAAAAGAAAACAAAUGUGUUGGUUAGGAGGCCCUAUUUGCCUGGUGUGGGAAUGACCAGAGUACUGAAUUGAUGGGUUUUUAUUUAACAGUAAUCCCGUUGACCUAGAGGACGCUACAUGAACCUGACCAAGGGCUCUUAGGCAAGGAUGCGUUUGCCACCAGCAACACGUUUUAUAUCAAGGUUCCCAGCUCUUGGUUAAGACCGCCACGGAAUUAGAAUGUGUUUCUAUUAGUUGAUGAUGGAAUCCACUCUAGCAUUCUUAUCUAACUAGAAGACUGAUAAUAAAAGAUGUUUUUCAACAAA